AUGAAAGUAUUAAAAUGUUCAGAUUUAAUGUGGCAAUACAUUCUUAAAUUUAAACAUGGAAUUGCAAAAUUAUCUCAAAGGUAUUAUUAUGCAUGGAGAAUAGUUAAAGCUCAUAAUGUUAUAGGAUCAAUUACAAUCGAUGAAUUUCUUAAAACUUUAAAACAUGAUACAUUAUCGAUUCCAACUGAUACUUUAAUUGAAUUAGAAUCAAUAAUGUAA